AUUAUCAUUUCUAUUGUAUAAUCUAAUGAUGAGUUCAUUUAAUCUGGCAAUUCUAUUCAUUGUAACUAUUACAUUGCAAUCAUGUUUCAAUUUUGGUGGAAUUGAUCAUGUCGACAAAGAUAGGCAUCUUAUUUUAAAUGAAACUCUAAUUAACAAGUCGGUUAUUCUUGUGAAUAAAAUAAUAAAUUCAAAUUUUUGGUAUGCACCAACUAAUAUUACUGAUAUAACAAUACAAAUUGUAAAUGGUUUAUUAUUACAAUAUAAUUUACAUCUUACACGUACUAAUUGUACAAAACAUAAUAGGAUGAUGCAAAAGAUUAAGAACAAUCAAACGAUUCGAUGUCAAUUCAAUCAUAAUACUACUGAACAGGUGUGUCAAAUUCAAAUUUUACUUCAACCAUGGACGAAACAACAUUGUCGAAUAACGAUUAAGAGCUGUAAACCAGAGAUGAAAUCAAUGAAUAACAAGAAAUAUCCUCCGAAACAUCAUCAACCAAUGAUUCCUUACAAUCAUCCAUUAUCAAUAAUAAACAACCGAGUAUAAUUUUAAAGUGUUUAAUUCUAUUGAGAAUUAUUAUUGAGAAAAUAAUUUGUAAUUUACCACUUUUUUUUCAAAAAAAUUAAGAAGUACCAAACAAAUUGUUGAAAAUUUUAGUGUUAUGGUGUGUGCUACUGAUAUCGACAUAUAUAAGUAGUAUGUACCAUCAAUCGAAAGUAAAAUACUUAGUGACAGAAAGUUAAGAAGUUUGAAGAAAGGUGAAUGUGAACAGUGGAUAGUCGAUGUAGAAAUAAAGGAACAGUCAAGUCUAAGACAAUUGAUUGACAUUUUGUAAAUGAGGAAUUUACUGAAUGCUUCUUAGAUUUUACUAAGUGAUUCGGUAAUGUUGUAUUCAAAUAAAUUCCAUUAUCCUCCAAUUGUGUCAUACUUAUGAUAUAGCAAAAUGUCUGGAAUUAAACAUGAAAGACUUUGGAUACUAACUUAGUUGUCUGUUGGUUAGUUUAUCGUUAAUCGACUCGGUUAUUCCUAUAGUGAACGAGAAUAUAAGUGGGGAAACCCAAAUGCGUUUGGAUAAGGAAUUACAGAAUCUCUUCGUAAAAUCUAUGAACUAUACAGCAAAGACUUCAUCUGCAAAAUGUCAAUCAAUUGUCUCAGAUUUUAUUAUUCCUUUGUCUCCAUAUCAAUCACUCGCUAUAUUCGAUUUCUUUUCUUAGAUUUUCUUAGCCUGAAUCUACCAGGCAUUUCACUUUUGAUUAGAUGAUACAUACUACUCAUAUCUAUCGACAUCGUUAGAAUAUAUUACAAUACUAUUAACUUUUUACAAAAUCAUCCAAACACUUUUGAUUAUUUUCACAGAUUGAAAUCAUGAGUCAGUUGAAGCUAGACCACCAUUGAAAACCUGGAAGCACUGGAAGCACUUUUGAUUAUUAUUAGAGUAGUAAAAAUAAUAUUAAUUGAUCAUGUUAAUAUGUUUUUACAUUGAUUGCAGUUAACUGAGGGUGUAAAAUGUGAUUGAUAGACGAACCCAACAAUAAUAAAGGAAACGCCCACCACCACAUCAACUCCUUUUGACCUUGUACGACUGUAUCUCUUUAUUAACCAAUCACAGUUUAAUGUUCAUUGUAAAACAAUUUUGGCUUGUUGACUCAUUUUUCCUAUUCUCUAGCUACUGUUCGGUAUGUUAUUUGUCUCUGUUUUUCUCUGUAUUAAUAGACCGUACUGUUUGUUUGUACACUAACGAUGUUGAUUUAUGUUUUAGGAACAGAUAAAGUUUAUAUAGCCA